CUCCUUCAGCUCACAAUUAUCAUUUGCAAACACGCCUAAUGAGUUCGGCGGGUGUCGAGCAUCGAUUCGCAGAACUAUUUCAUUAUACCAGUGGUCGCUGGCUCUGGGACGAAGAAAAGCAAAAGGGCGAUCGAUUCGCUGCUUUUAAUGUACCGGAACUUCAAAGAGUUGCUGCAAAGAGCAUUGGAGCAAACGAAUGUAUUGCAAUCACGAAACUAGCCGAGGGAUCCUUCAACAAGACUUUCAAACUCCGGAUGAAUAACGGAACAAAUGUCAUUGCGAGAAUUCCCCACCCAAUUGCAGGUCCGCAGUACUACACUACGGCAUCCGAAGUCGCAACGAUGGAUUUUGCCCGCAGUGUGCUAGAAAUCCCAACUCCGAAAGUGUAUGCGUGGAAUGCGGAUAAAAACAAUCCCGUUGGCUCUGAAUACAUAAUUAUGGAAGAAGCCCGUGGCACACAAUUAGACGAUAUAUGGAACGACCUUUCUCUGGAAGAAAGGAUAGUGAUUAUGAAAGACCUUGUAUCGAUAGAGAAGAAAAUGCUUUCCGUAUCGUUCAAUAGAUACGGAAGCCUGUACUACGCCACCCAAAAUAUACCAGGCGCUGCAAUGGCAGAAGUGGUGAGCGAUGUGCCAGAAGAAGUCAAAAACACUGUGAUGCGUCGCUUUGCAAUCGGCCCUGUUGUAGAGAGAGAUUAUUGGAACAACGAACGGGCUACGAUGGAUAUUGACCGCGGGCCGUGGAAAUGUGCUCAAGACUACGUCACCUCGCCAGCUCGUCGAGAGCUGCAAUGGAUUAAGCAUUAUGCGGUUCCCAAAACCCCGGACGAUCCAUUGAUAACUUCUGUGACACAAAAUUCCCCCGAUAGCCACCUUUCGCUGCUUCAGAAGUACCUAGAGGCUGCCCCAUUUCUCCUCCCGGAUGAUCCUGCUAUUGUUGCGCCUCAUAUAUGGCAUACGGACCUCCAUUCAGCAAAUAUCUUUGUGGACCAGGGACAUAUCUGCAGUGUGAUCGAUUGGCAAGGAACGUGGGCAGCACCGUUGAUACUUUGUGCGCGCCACGCCCGGCUGGUUGAUUAUCAAGGGGAGAUUAUCUUAAAGGCUCCCGCCAACUUCAACGAUCUUGAACCGGAUGAGAAAAAUAAAAUAAGGAGACAGAUGAGCAGCUCGAUAAUUCUUUACCUCUACGAGAAGCAAAUCGCAAAGGAAGCGCCCCUGCUGAACAAAGCUCUUCGCUUUAGUCAUGGUCGAACAAGAUGCGAUCCUAUCCAUUUUGUUGGCGACACGUGGGAUGAUGAUAUAUUUCCUUUACGAGAAUCCUUGAUCCGAGUAGAGAGGUAUUGGGACGAAUUGGGAUUUGACUUUCCAUGUCCUAUACACUUUACAGAGGAUGAGGUUUGCGCUCAUGCGAAAGACGGUGAAGGUUGGAAUGACGUUCAAGAUUUCUGGAGUUCCGUUGCAGGUAUUGUUUCGAGGGACGGAUGGACUCCUAAUCAUCUUUACAAUGAUGCUGUUGCUCUUUUUCAAGAGUUGAGAGAGAUCGGUCUAAAGUCCUUGGUGGACAAGGAGAGAGUGGAGUUUAAAAAUCAGACUGAGUGGAUUGAAACGCAUUCUCGGGAUCACAGAGUUUGAAAUGGGGCACAUUUUGCAUGAAAUAUUGUUUUAAAUGGAUUACUGAUUUGAACAGUCAUUAAAGCCUCGGAUACUUUACUACAGGUAGGAUUAUAGGAUG